AGCGCUCACUCUUCAAAAUUCUAGAAAAGUUUAUGAUAUAUCAAGAAAUCUGUUUAAAUUCAUUUUAAUCAAUUAGUUAAAGUAAUUUUCAAAUUAACAUCGAACAUUUUGAAACAUGCAUAAUCUGAAGAAGGAAACAGAUGUAAAGAUUCCUUUACAGCCACAGGAGACAUCAGUAGAAGAGAAGGAUGAAGUGAAGACAGAUUCUGAAGCGCAGGAGUCAGAUUGCUGCAAGGCAUUACGGGAGAAGACGAAUACAUUAAGUGUUCAAAUGAGCGAGCUGUCCAUCAAAAUUGAUGAUCUUCAGUUACAUAAUAAACCCGAACAUAUUGAAGCAGCACUGUAUAACUUUUCUCGCGAGCUGGACAAUCAGCUGGCCUCUCUGAAAGCGAUUCAAAAUUUGCAAUCUGAAGAGUUUCAGCAGAAAAUAUUGGAAAAGGAUGAGAUGCGUCUUCAGUUGCUAGACAAUUUGAAAAAGCAGGAGCAGUCCCAUUUGCAGGAAAUGGAGCAACUGAAAGUCCAGCUGGAAGCCAAGGACAAACAAUGCUUGGAGCUGGAGCAGCAAAUCGAGAAUUAUAAGAACAACAAUGAUAUCAACAGCGCUUGCCCCAUUUGCUUUGAGCCGUGGAAUUCGUCCACAAAUCAUCGUCUGGCCUCCCUCCGGUGUGGCCAUCUCUUUGGCGAUAGCUGCCUUCGGAAUUGUCUGCAGCGGCUUGCCGAGUGUCCACAGUGCAGAUGUACAGCCAGUUCGCAUGAUAUACGUUAUCUCUAUGGACGUCCAUUGUAAGAUGUGGUCUAUAAGCCUAAAGAUUUAUUGAGAAGUUUCUGCGUGUCAUAUUGAAGUGAUUUUGAAAUGAAAAACGUUUUUGCAUAACAAAAAAUAAAUAUUUAACAUGUUUUUA